GCCGCCACGCCUCCGCAGUGGUCUUCCUGUGAUUGUGUUGUCUCCGUCCUAUUGGGCAGACGCAUCUUGCGCGUCGUCACACAUUGCAGAUUUUCACUUUACUCAUAAAAUAUAAUUAAGACAUGUCGUCUCUGUAUAAACCGUUUUCUGUCUCGGACGGGCCGUGCAAAGAUGCGAUACUGAGGCGAGGUUGCACGCCGCUACAGCAUCCUGCUGCGCUGACCCGGAUUCCCUCCGCUGGCGGGGGCUCGACGCGCACUUUUACCACAAUUCCUAACAUGUAUCCAGGCCAGAGGAAUCUAGCGGCCGCUGCAAUCGGAGGGAGAAAAAUUACCCAUCCGUGGAAGGCUAUUCUCGCAGGUGGCAUUGCAGGAGGCAUUGAGAUCUGCAUCACAUUUCCAACAGAAUACGUGAAGACCCAGCUACAGUUAGAUGAAAGAGCAAAUCCUCCACGGUACCGAGGCAUAGGCGACUGUGUUAAGCUGACGGUGCAGGAUCAUGGGUUGAGAGGUCUAUACAGAGGGCUUAGUUCACUGCUUUAUGGAUCUAUCCCGAAAUCUGCAAUACGUUUUGGAACAUUCGAGGUUCUUAGUAACCCAAUGAGGGAUGCCACAGGUCGGCUUGACAAUAAAGGAAGUUUGCUGUGUGGGCUUGGAGCAGGAAUUGCAGAGGCAGUGUUGGUAGUCUGUCCAAUGGAGACAGUCAAGGUGAAAUUCAUUCAUGACCAGUGCUCUCUGAGGCCACGCUACCGAGGGUUCUUCCAUGGCGUAAGGGAAAUCAUCAGAGAUCAAGGUGUUCGAGGGACGUAUCAAGGACUGACUGCUACACUUCUGAAGCAGGGUAGCAACCAGGCAAUUCGCUUUUAUGUUAUGAACUUGUUGCGCAACUGGUACAAAGGCGAUGACCCCAGUCGUGACAUGCACCCGCUGGUUACAGCGUUGUUCGGAGCAACAGCCGGGGCGGCGAGUGUUUUUGGAAACACGCCACUUGAUGUGGUGAAGACUCGAAUGCAGGGUUUGGAGGCUCAUCGCUACAAGAGCACAUUAGAUUGUGCAUUACAGAUUUUGAAGAAUGAAGGCCCUCAAGCGUUCUACAAAGGCACGGUCCCACGACUGGGCAGAGUGUGUCUAGACGUGGCCAUUGUCUUUGUUCUCUACGAGGAGGUUGUAAAGCUACUGAACAAUGUCUGGAGAACAGACUGAAGACGGACCAGGGUGCAGAACUGAUCGAGACAGACUGAACUAUCCAAACACAAUUGGCCACGUCAGUCAAGUCUAAAGAUCCAGACUUGAACCGUGACCCCUGGCAUAGAGGAUUUUAACCAUCCAUCUGUGUCUGUAUAGUUGAAGCCAGGAGCUUGAGCCAUGUGAAGGAACCUGUAGCUU